AUGACGUCACCAGACGAUCGUGAAAGUCGCAAAACUUGCCUGUCCUACUUCCCCCCUCUUCGAGUGCGCAAUCUUAGGAAAGGAAGCUAUAUUAAAAGAACUAGAAAAAGACAGACAAGACGGACCGAAGAAGAGGAAGAAACAAGCGGAAUCUACGCUUUCCCCGGUAUAAAUUUAACACCCCUAGCGACGAACCUCACUGAACAGCCCAAGCCACCACAUCUACGAACAAAUAUCGCCGUAGAACCGAUAGCAGAAAACACCUUACUCUCACCAUGGGGCGAUAGCCUCGAAGGAAACAACAAUAGACUCACACAAAUCGGACUUCACCAUCAAGAAGAAUCAAAACAUCGACUCAUCACCGUAGCAAACACAGGAGCAAUACUCUCAAUCAUUACGUCCCUUACAUUCUUCCUCAGCUAUUACUACUGCGGCUGCUCCUGCAACUGCCUAAAACUCCUACGAAAAAUCAAGAAGAAGAAACAAAAACAAACUGAAGGAAAAUUCAAUGAAACAUUCGAACUUUCAAAUACCAAUACAACCGACUCAACC